UAUUUGUUACAACGGUACUCCAUACUCAAAGAGGCUCGAAGAGGAACUGAAAAUGCUUUAUUUCCGCUGCAGCGACGACGACGGGCACGUCAAAAAUAAAAGAAAAUGUGGUUUGUGAGGACAAUCUGAGGCCAGAGGAAAAGAGUCUACCUACCGUUAUUAUCUUCAGAAAGUUCGUUAGCAAGCAGUGUGUUUAUUUGAAGUCUUCAGCUGGCUAUCUAACGGUUUAAGGGUCGUUUUGAGGUUAACGCGUCCCCUUGUAUUUUGAUUUAGCUGCUAGCAUCCGUUAAAGAUGGGAACAAGAGCAAGUCGUCUACAGGAAGACCCGCUGCCUUCACCUUUCGGAAAAGAGGGGACAAAACGAGAUUCCUAUCGACGAGCUCACUGUGCAAGGCCCACCAGUCUCGUUGUUGACUUUUCGGUUAGUUUCGAAGAAACUGAGGCCAACCGGAGCCGAUCUGAGGAGGGUAGCGACUCGGACUUGGGGCUGCAUGGGGCAAGCGCCGACGGCAGCCCCGCAGACCACCACAGCUUACCCUCCAGCAUGAGCCAGGCGUCACCCGCAAGCGAUAACAACAGCGAGGGGAAACCCGAGGAGGACGAUAACGCAAGCCCGGAGGCUCCGGUGGAAGCGGAACGCCAACACGGGGAGGAGACAGGCCGCACACCUCACCGCACUUUUUCCGAGCGGAUCCCCGGGAAUCGACACUCUUCGGCCCGCAGCGUUGGUGCAAGAUCCGCCCGGGUCCGGAGCACACAUUCGCGGCCGGUGUCAGAAGCUUGGAUCGGCCUUUACCGUGUUAACAACCGACAUGGCAAUAUCCGCUGUCCUUUCUGCUCAAAGCCUUUCCCCGGCGGUCGGAUCGAGGAUCACCUGUUGAGCUGCCUCACGUCUCCUCCCCUACCUUACAACACGGACGUGCUCAGUAAAGACAGCGGGGAGUGCUCUAUCUGUUUGGAGGAUCUGGUUCAGGGGGAGACUAUCGCCAGGCUGGCUUGCCUCUGUGUCUACCAUAAGAGCUGCAUUGAUUCCUGGUCCAAGGUGAAGCCCUGCUGCCCCGAACAUCCCUUUGAUUGACUCGUAGGUCGCUCGUUUUCAGCCCAGUGACCGACUCGACUCAGGAGACUACGCUGAACCCCAAUAUAUUUACAAUAAAAAUGUAUUAUUGAACAAGCAAAAGUCAAUUGUCCCUGUGAGGUGUUUGAGGGGAGAAUAAUCCCAAGAGGAACCUGAUGCUCUCUGCUUGGAUCAAUACUAUUUAAAGUUUAUCUGCCUAAUGCCAACAGUAAAACCAGCUGCUCUUGUUUUAAUUUGUUGUUGAGAGACUCGUUGGAUCAGAAGUGCUGGCGUUACCCUGUCUCCUCUGGAACAUAUAAAUAUUAUCCAUGAUGGAACUCCAGCAAAGAUGUUAAACUCGGUGAGGGAAACGUGAGUUUUUGUGACCGGCGACUUUUGUGUAAUUUCAGCCUCUGACCAGGAUGGCUCAUUUUUUUUAUCAAGUAUUGUCAUACGCAAUUGAAUGUUUCCCUUUCUCGGCUCACCCCGACUGAUCCAAUCUCACUCAGAGAAGCCAAAUCUGUUUCCGCGUUAGCGUUGUAUGCUAGCCUGAAGGCUUGUUUGUGGUGGUGGUGGUGGGGUACUGUUACUCUGGUUUGUUGCCUGUAUACAUUUCUGAGGAUCUUUGGUUUAUUAUUAUUUUUUUCCUUUUUAUUUAAAUGGGUCAGUUUUUCCUUAAAUGGCUAGUUAGUGCUGAGUUUAUCGUGCUGCUACUUGGUGUUUCAGGAAGAUGGGUGGUUUAUUUGUUUUUUGGAUCAUGGUAGCAUCAUGUUAGCACCAACUGAAGCACUUUUUGUCCACCUUAGUAUUUUUUUUCUUACUGUCUGGGAUUACAGUUUGUAUGUGUGUCUGUCUGUGUCCAGAUGAUGACUGGGGACUGAAGAUGUCCUGAACAUGGCUGUGUGUGUGGUGUGUGUGUGUUUGUAAAUGGCUCACGUCUGCUUGGCCAAGAGCGUUUGAUUGUCAACACUCGUUUCCAAAGCUGUUACAUGAGGAUUUCGGUACUUUAGAGUGCAGUUUGAGUUUUUGUCCCCCUCCCAUUUCCAACACCCUCAGGGUCAAUCAGGACUUUUCUUUUGUUUUUCUUUUGGACCAGGCCCCGAGUGACGGUUUUACCAUCUGGUUGAUGGAAUAAAGGGACGGACGGACUGAGGGAUGUAUAUUUGGGGCAUGUUUACACCCUGUGGCAUCUGCCUCCUUCCACAUAACUGGAGGCUACAGACAGCUCAUGGUAAAUUAUUACAUAACCCCCCCCCCCCCCCCCCCCCCCUUAUAAUUUUAAAGAUUUUACCUAGAUUACCACACUUUUCAUGAUUAUUGUGUUUGCCGUUUUCUCUAUGCUGAUUGCCUUUGAGUGACGAAGGGGCUCUUGUGUUUGUUUUUUUGGGCCUUUUGGAGCCCAACAGUGAGGCUGCCUAACGCAGAUUGUGCACAGGCCAGUGGAAGGAACAAAAACAUGCAUUUAUUUUUUUAUGUUUUUUUUUUUUCUUUUAAUAAUCCCAGUGCUGCAGUGAUAACUUUGGAGGGUUGCUUUCUGGGGUUCAGGCUCUUUGUUUUUGUUUUUCUCUUCUGGUUUUGCAGUCUGAGGUGCUACAACUCACCCGCCACAAGUGGCCAGCCCCGUGCAUGUUUCUCAUAUUAUCUAUAAAUAUAUAUAAAUGUAUUGGAAAGAGUUAAAAAUGAAAGAUGCCAAAAGUCUGUCUGUGCGUUGGGAGCAUUGUGUGAGAGCGUGCAGAAGACGAGGUGCAUUGAUCAUUAGGUGUUACAUUUGUUGUGGUGAUAAUUUAUGAUGUUGUAUACUUUGGCUGGCGGGGAUGGGGUGUUUGUUAAUGCUCAGUGGAGGUUGGGUUUUCUGUUAACAAGACUAUUCUAAAACUCCACAUAGCACAUUUACUUUGUUACCCUCUCUAAGCCGUGUGGUGCAAUACCUCAGUUUUUAUUUUACUUCUUUACCAGUGCUAGCUAAACCAGCUCCUCUCCAAAUCGGAUGGUAUUUUGCAUAAACAUCCCACAAGUAUUGCUUUUAGACCAUGCAGUCCAGUGUCCACUGUGUGCUUUGAUAUCGACAUUGGAUCCGAAUGUUCAAAUGGUCCCACGACAGGAUCUGCCCCCCCCCCCGGAUAUGGACAAUCUGCCUCAACUCUGGUAUUAAAAAGCAAAUUAAAUUUUAUUUAUUAAACUGUAAAUAUGUCAUGCAAUUCAAGAAGAUGGCUCAGUCCUUGUCUGUUCAAUAUGCUGUUUCUAAGCUCUGAUCUUUUGUAUGUCUCAGAAAUCGUUUUUAUAUGUAUUUUUUACAAUAAAUAUGUGUGAGAGA